UGGAGCCACUAAUCAAGGUCGAGCUCAAACAACUGCCAUUACGUCGUUGUCACAGCAUUAGAGCUCCCUCUUUUUUACUUCUGUACAUCCCACGCCACCUGGACAAUCCCACGAUCCUAGAAGCUUCGACGUCCUUCUAUCAACCCCCUGCGACGCAUCUCAAUUGCCUGUGCUAUAACUUGUCAUAGCUUAAAGUUUUGCGCGUCGCUGGCUGCAAUCGCCAUGCUGGCACUCCUUCACACGACCGACACCCGCAGCCUGUCGCAAUGUCGUUGAUCCCAUACCAGCCUCAGGAGGGCCGCGAGAUUGUGCUACGACAUCGCAAUGCCAUCGUUGUGCGCGAUCCCAGUUCGCAGCGCCUGGAGAUUCGUGGCCAUCCCGAAUGUCCUACUUGCCACCGCCCGCUAGGCCCCUCGCCUUCGGAACAUUCGUUCGAUCACCCGUAUGGCGUUGACCCCGAUUCCUAUGUUGACCCGGGAUACUUUCGUAUGCUUCGCGCUGGACACACCGACUCGACCGCAGCCGACCAAGCACCAUCAAGUCUCAUUCGCAGAUUGUUUCGACCUUCGCCAAGCAGCGAUGACCAAAGCACACGGACGUCGCCUGCCGUAGACGAUAAUGCCGAAUUCAUAUCCAGCACCCCAGGCGUGUCGCAACCCGAGGGAAGCAGAAUCAAGAGGGAGGCUUUUAGUCCAAAUUAUUUCAAGACCUUUUUUGUCGAAGAAAAGGUCCUGGGCAAAGGAGGCAAGGGAGUGGUGCUACUGGUGCGGCAUGAAAUUGACGGCUGCCAGUUGGGCCAUUUUGCUUGUAAGCGGGUGCCUGUUGGCGAUGAUCAUGCUUGGCUUGAAAAGGUUCUGAUAGAGGUUGAGCUCCUCGCCAAACUCUCUCAUCCCAACCUUGUUUCGUACCGACAUGUCUGGCUGGAAGACGUCAGGUUGACCUUGUUUGGCCCCAGCGUCGCUUGCGCAUUCAUCCUCCAACAAUACUGCAACGCUGGCGACCUUCAUCAGUAUGUAAUAGGUAGUGCGCCCAAGGAGGUUACCAAAGAGGAGCUCAAGGAGCGCAUUCGCCGACGGUCGCGAGGCCAGAUUGAUGCGUCCCGAGAGAACCUACACGACAAACCCAGAUUGUCGGUGGAAGAGAUUUACUCGCUUUUCAAAGACGUCACAUCUGGAGUUGCAUACCUGCACGGGGCAAAUUACAUCCAUCGGGAUCUAAAGCCAAGCAACUGUCUCUUGCACCGAGAGGCCGGUAAACUCCGGUGUCUCAUCAGCGACUUUGGCGAAGUCCAACCAGAACAUGUGGUGCGAAAAUCAACGGGCACAACGGGCACCAUCUCAUAUUGUGCGCCUGAGGUCCUCCGCGAAGAUGAGACUGGAAAAUAUGGUAACUUUACAACAAAGUCGGAUAUUUUCUCCCUCGGAAUGAUUCUCUACUUCAUGUGCUUCGGCAGACUCCCAUACCAAUCUGCCAACGCCGUACAAGAGGAAUUGGAAGACGUCGACCAGCUCAGAGCUGAGAUUACUGAUUGGACGGGCUUCCAGGACGAGCGGCGUGAGCGGCCGGAUCUUCCCUCAAAGUUGUAUAUGCUGCUGAAGAAACUGCUUGCUUUGGAUCCGGCUGAGCGACCCAGCGCCAACGAAGUUCUGAAUGCCAUGAAGAGCGAAACCUACUUUGAUGGCAUGACAAAAGAUCGUACCCCUAGCCCUGCCGUCGGAUUACGAGGCAACAGAGUCCAAAGCUUGGAUUCCCCUGCCGCGCCAAGCACGCCAGUUCCAGGUGAGCCCCCCUAAUCUUCAUUCUCGACAGCACUUGAUCUUAUAGUUCAGCAGAUCCACGACGUGGCUAUCACUCUCGCAGUCUUAGCGUGCCUCAGAAUGAUGCUGCCUCAUGGCCAGCCACCGUGCCUCACGA